UCCUUCAUUACAACGACAGUACCGCACUAAACGUAGAGUAGACCACUCCCGCGCAGAAUGUUUUAAAAUUGUGUAACCUUGAACGGAACGGAAUUCAAAAUAGGCGUGUUUUUUAAUCGAAUAUGAAAUAGUGAUUUGAAAAUGAAAAUGUUUAUGUUAAACAAAGUGCAAGUGAGACAGGUGAUGAGAUGGAAGGAUCGGGUACAUUAUCAUUCAGGAGCGGGUGUAUUCGGGCAUCGACCGCGGGAGUUGAAUGAAAUCGACACACCACAAGAAGUGUUAGCGAAACGUUACGAGAACUGUCGCGCGCAGAGACUAGUCGACGCGUAUCGGACUUACGGACACCUACGAGCUACCAUUGAUAACGUCGACUACAAAAAUGAAAACAGAUACAUCAAAGAACUUGAUACAACGAGAUACGGUCUAUCCAGUCAAGAUUCAGUGGACUUGGGUUUAUUGUACGGCUACAACGGCAAACAAUCCGCAAGCGACUUAGUCGAACAAUUGGAGAAAAUUUACUGUGGACCCAUUUCUUACGAGUUCUCAUACUUAGAGACGGAAACCGAACGAGAAUGGUUUGCACAACGGAUUGAAUCUGGCUCCGAUGUCAUACACAAAGAACGUCAGAUUGAAAUACUCAAAGAAUUGCUUCACUCACAAGUAUGGGAUAAGUUUCUCGCGACCAAGUAUCCCACCGUGAAGAGAUACUGUGGGGAAGGAGCCGAGUCAUUGUUUACAUUCUUCUCAACAUUGUUGAAACUUACUACCUCAGAAAAUGUGGAGCAUAUAGUCUUGGCAAUGGCCCACAGGGGCAAACUCAACGCUUUGAGCUGCUUACUAAAAUGUCCGCCAGUUAAAAUCUUCCAUAAACUCAACGGUAACCCAGAAUUUCCUGAAGAUGCAAAUGCCGCAUGUGAUAUACCUACCCAUUUAAGCGUAUCCAGCGACAUCACAGUUGAAGGGAACACUGUUCGAGUUUCUCUCAUAAACAAUCCGUCCCAUUUAGAAGCAGCAAAUCCAGUAUCAAUGGGUAAAACUAGAUCUAAACAAUUUAUGCUGAGAGAGGGUGACUAUUCGCCGGACGGAUCGUCAAAGUUUGGCGACAAGGCUUUAAAUGUACAGAUCCACGGUGAUGCAGCUUUCACUGGUCAAGGAGUAAACCAGGAAACCCUGAUGUUGUCUCAAGUACCGCACUUUGACGUCGGCGGUUCAUUGCAUGUAGUAGUAAAUAAUCAGGUUGGAUUCACAUUGCCAGCAAAUCGAGGGCGUUCCAGCCGAUACGUGACUGAUUUGGCCAAAUCAAUAGCUGUUCCCGUCAUACACGUCAAUGGUGAUCAUCCAGAACUCGUCGCAAAAGCAACAAAUAUAGCUUUCGAAUAUCAAAGAAGAUUCCGUAAAGAUGUGUUCAUAGAUUACAAUUGCUACCGUCGCUGGGGACAUAACGAGCUUGAUGAACCGACCUUUACAAAUCCAUUACUGUACAAACUCAUACAUAACAGAAAAUCAAUACCAGACACAUACACCGAGAAGCUCAUCUCAAACGCAGUGCUCACUGAAUCUGACGUGAAUAAUAUAAACAUGGAAUAUACCCAAUAUUUGCAAGAGCAGUACGAAGCAGCUAGUUCUUAUACGCCGGAGGUGUCAUAUUUCCAAGACCAAUGGUCAAAUAUGUCGCCAGCACCAAAAGCCGUGGAAGUCUGGGAUACCGGCGUCAACAAAGAACUAUUGAAACUGGUUGGUCGAGCGUCUGUGUCUACGCCUGCUGAUUUUAAUAUCCAUGCACAUCUUGCAAAAAUGCAUGUCAAAAAUCGUCUCAAAAAAAUUGAAGACGAAAAAGAACUAGAUUGGGCAACAGCAGAGGCUCUCGCAUUUGGAUCACUCUUGAUGGAGGGUCGUCACGUACGUAUCAGCGGAGAGGACGUUGGUCGUGGUACCUUCUCUCAUCGCCACGUUAUGCUCAUUGAUCAAGAAAAGGAAACGAUACAUAUUCCUCUAAACCACAUACACGAAGAUCAAAAGGGAUUUUUGGAAGUGGCCAAUUCCAUAUUAUCCGAAGAAGCAGUAUUAGGUUUCGAAUACGGUAUGGCUUUCGACAACCCAGAAAACUUGUAUAUUUGGGAAGCGCAGUUCGGCGACUUCUACAAUGGAGCUCAAAUCAUUGUUGAUACGUUUAUAGCUUCGGGGGAAACAAAAUGGAUACGAAGCAAUGGCCUUGUAAUGCUGCUACCACACGGGUACGACGGCGCUGCGUCAGAGCAUUCGUCGUGUAGACUCGAAAGGUUCUUACAGUUAAGCGACAGUUCAGAAUCAACGCCCGAUUCGGAAGAUGUUUGCCUGAAUAUAGUGAACCCGACCACGCCGUCUCAAUACUUCCACUUAUUAAGGAGACAGGUGGUGCGCAAUUAUAGAAAGCCAUUGGUUGUAGUCGCACCGAAAAUCCUACUGCGGUUAACUGAUGCUGUUUCGCCUCUAUCUGAGUUUGCACCGGGAACACACUUCAAACCAGUUAUCGGUGAUUCAAUUGCUAAUCCGCUGAACGUAAAACGAGUCAUACUCGUUAGCGGCAAGCACUAUUACGAACUCAACAAGGAGAGAGUUAAAGCUAAGAUUGACGACGUAGCUAUUAUAAGGGUUGAGUCACUCUCGCCUUUCCCACUACAAGCGCUGCAGACUGAACUUGCGAAAUAUAGCAAUGCUAGAAAAUUCAUAUGGAGUCAAGAGGAACACAGAAAUAUGGGAGCCUGGACCUUCAUUAAGCCACGCUUUGAGAAUCUUCUUGGAAAAAAGUUAAUCUACGCUGGUCGAAGCGAAGCCGCGACGCCAGCUGUCGGUACGUCGAAAUUGCAUCGAGCAGAAGUUGAACACGUAUUACGAGAGCCAUUAUAUAAUAUAAAAUAGCUUAUCAACACAUAGCAAGUACUUAUAAAAUGAUUUUUUUGAUAACUAACGCUUCGUUUGUU